AUGAACGGUAUAUUUGCAAUUGACAAGCCCAGUGGCAUAACUUCUAAUCAGUUCAUGAUGAAGCUGCAACAUGCUCUUACGAAUAGUCAAGUCUUCUCGAAAGAAAUUCAAAGGGCUACAGCCGAAAGAAUGAGACAAUACCAAGAGCAAACUGGGAAGGCUGCAAGCAAGAGGAAGCUCCGUAAAGUUUCCAAGGUGAAAAUGGGACAUGGUGGUACUCUUGAUCCAUUGGCUUCCGGAGUGUUAGUGAUAGGUAUUGGUACUGGGACGAAGAAGCUUAGCGAUUAUUUGUCUGGUACAGUUAAGGAGUAUGAAAGCGAAGCCCUCUUUGGUACUUCGACAACUUCUGGCGAUGUAGAGGGUGAAAUUCUGUCUCAAAACGCUGUGAAGCACUUAGAUUUACAGGACCUGCAGACGGUUGAGGAGAAGUUUACUGGAUCUUUGAAGCAAACGCCACCGAUCUAUGCUGCCCUUAAAAUGGACGGGAAGCCACUAUAUGAAUACGCCAGAGAAGGUAAGCCAUUACCACGGGCCAUCGAACCGAGACAGGUGAAUAUUUAUGACUUGAAAAUAUUCCCAGAUUCUCUUUCUAAGAAGCACAGCUAUCCACUGUUAAGGCCCACGACUGGAGAAACAAAAGAGAUUGUUGACCGGUUAAACGAUGGGUUGCUUAAUGACCCGCUAUACUUUUCUAAGGAAUACUGCGCCAAGCAAGGCUGGGAAGAUGAAAAUGCAAGAGUCGAAAAGCCUUUGCCGUUAUCUGAAGAAGAAGCGAGUGAGAUUGAAGCUCAAGGAGAUGCUUACCGCGCGCCUCUAUUGCACUUUAAGGCCAAAGUUUCAUCAGGGACAUACAUACGAUCGCUUGUCAGUGACAUUGGUAAAAGUAUGAGAAGUUCUUCAUACAUGGUGAAACUUAUCCGUCUUGCGCAAAAAGAUUGGUCUCUUCAAAGCCAAAACGUUUUCAGACUGGAAGAUUUUACUGAUCGAAAUGAAAGUGUUUGGGCUACUGUAUUGCAAGAAGUUUUGGAGAAGGGGCCCGAUGUGAACGUCACCGAGGCCCUUUCAAAGGCAGAACAAGAGUUCGAGCAAGAAAAAAAAUCUGCUGAAGAAGAGAGCUCCCAAGAUGCAAGCGAAGUAAAAGAUAGUGAUGAACAGGAUAGAAAAAAGAGAAAGAUUGAUGUAACAACUUAA